GGCUCUUCGCGCUCUCUUUGCUGCAGUGGAUGUUUGCCCCCCUCCUCCUUUUCCUGGCUGAGCUCGUCUCCGGCAACAAACCCACCUACCAAUGGAAAGAUGCUGCGUCAAACGAGGUCAUCACCUGCCAUCAGUGCCCGCCGGGGACCUUCGUGGCACGCCACUGCACCCAGAAGACGGAGACGGUGUGCGAUCCCUGCCCAGAGUUGCACUACACGCAGUACUGGAACUACCUGGAGAAGUGCCGGUACUGUAACGUCAUCUGCGGGGAGAAGCAGGUGGAGGUGCAGCAGUGCAAUGCCACCCACAACCGCGUCUGUCAGUGCCAGGAGGGUUACUACUCCGAGAUGGAGUUCUGCAUCAGGCACUCCGGCUGCCCG